GCAGAGAUGUUGUCGUGGAAAGUGUGGUCGUUCUUGCUGGUAGCGGGUGCGUUGGGGACGACCACAGCGGCGGCGAAACGACCUCCUAACAUAGUGGUGAUGCUGGCUGACGACCUGGGCAUAGGAGAUGUUGGUUGCUAUGGAAACACGACUAUUCGGACACCUAAUAUUGACAAACUGGCCUCUCAGGGCAUGAAGCUCACGCACCACUUGGCCGCCGCCGCCAUGUGCACCCCGAGUCGAGCCGCCCUCCUCACGGCCCGGUACCCCUCGCGCUACGGUCUAGUCGGGUCAGACGGAUGGGGAUCGCCGGUCAUCGCGCAUGUUGCUAGCCACGCCCACUUGCCCCUGGACGAGGUCACGCUCGCAACGGCGCUGUCGAGGGUCAACUACACCACAGCCGCUUGUGGGCAAGUGGCACCUGGGCUCCUUCUGCAACUUCCUCGGGAGGAGCUGCCCCGGGCCCCUCAACCACGGCUUCCAGACCUUCUUCGGCAUCCCCGUCACCCUCUUCUUCGAGUUCCGAGGACCUCACGCCUUCUGGAAGUUCGACCUCGAGAAGCCCGAGUACCAGCGUCUCCUCGGAACGUGGGUAGUGGCCAUGGUGAGCCUCGCCUUGGGAAGAAAGUACUUCUCUUGGCGACUUCGAUCCCUCUUCCUCCUGCUGGUGCUCAUCGACGCCCUCUUCUUCGUCUACUGGUUCACGGUGGCGCACGUCGGCAUCAACGAUGAGUGUCUGUGGGGGGUCUCCCCGUGGCUCCAGCGCAUGGCCAACUCCCUCCUGAUGCGGCAGGACCAGGUGGUGGAGCAGCCCAUCCAGCUGGACGGCCUCUCGCAGCGCCUCGUGCAGGAGUCCCGCAAGUUCUUGGAGGAGCACGCGAACGACGAGCAGCCCUUCUUCCUCUUCCACUCGUUCGGACACGCCCACACGCCCAUGUACUCUGCGCCUCACAUGAAGGGCGUGAGCAAGCACGGGGAGUACGGAGACAACGUGGAGGAGAUGGACGAGGGCGUGGGCGCUCUGAUGGCCGCCCUCAAGGAGCUGGGCCUCGAGGACAACACCAUCGUGUAUUUCACUUCGGAUCAGGGCGCCCAUCUCGAGGCCUUGGAUCUGGAGGGUCGGCGAAUCGGGGGCUACAAUGGGCGGUUUAAGGGAGGAAAAGUGAUGGGCGGCGCCGAAGGAGGCAUUCGCGUGGCGGGUAUUUACCGCUACCCCGGGCACAUCCCCGCGGGCAAGACCUUGGACACGCCCACCUCCCUCAUGGACCUCAUGCCCACCGUCCUCGACCUGGCCGGCCUCCCCACCAUGCAGGACAUCAUGGCCAAGUCGCACGCGCUCAAGCCUCGCCAGGACCUCGACGGGGAGAGCAUCGCCGACCUCCUGCAGGGGAAGUCCCGCCCGGCCUCGCACCCUCCGCGCAUCUUCCUGCACCACUGCCGGAAGAACGUCCACGCGGUCCGGCGUCACCGGCUCGGGUAG